UUCUGCGCGUGCUCGGGAUGUCAGGAGCGUCAGUGGCGACGUGGAGACGCAGAGCUAAUAGAGUCAAUACAGCACAAACUUGCACUGUCAAACACUCUUUACUGGACGUUUACUAUUACUAAAUUACAGCUCAUUUACUUUUAUUCUUCCUAAAAUACAUAGGCGCUUGUCUUAAGAAUCGCGAGUGGCUUUUCUGAGGCGCUGUCAAUUCUGAUAUUCAUCAGGUUUUGCUUGGCUGGAGAUGAGGCUCUGAGGCAGUCUCUCGUGGUUUCCAGGGGUGAUGGGUGCAAACACCAGUCAGGUGAGUGACCUGUCAGAGAGCCAGAGCAUCCGCACUCUGAUUGGUCCAGAUGCCAUAUCAGAGAAUGAGCCCUUCUGGAACCAGCUGAUCUCCUUCACCUUCACCAGCCCCACCAGCAGUGCUGAUGCUAAAAUCCUGGAGGAGGCUGUCAUCCCGCUGGCUAAGACUCUGAUUCAGAACAACCCCAGGUCUGGGAACUUCGGGGCGUUGGUGAGAGUCUUUCUCAGCAGAACCAAAGAACUGAAGAUUUCCACAGAAUGCCAAGAUCAGUUGUUCAUCUGGCAGGCCCAUAAUGCUUUGUUUCUGGUGCGCUGUUUGCUGAAGGUCUUCAUCAGGGAGAUGAGCGAAGAAGAGCUGCACUUACAGUUCUCCUACCAGGAGAGGGCGCCGGGAACCUACGACUCCAUCUGUGAGGAUCUUCUGGAGGAGCUGGUCUGUAAUUUGGUGCAUCUCAUCGUUGAAGUGCCGCUUCUCGACAUCACCUACAACAUCCUGUUUGAAUCUGUAACCACCCUUCUAGUGCUGUUGUCCUAUCAGCUCUUUCACAAGGAGAUUCUGAGGGAGGGGCUUAUUUACGGCUACCUGACCAAAGGACGAUGUCUGUCUCUGACAAGUCGUCUGGUGAAGACGCUGCUGUAUAACUUCAUCAGACAGGAGAAAUGUCCGCCCGCCACGCACGUGUUGCAGACGCAGUCAGACGGAGGAGGGCUGCUGUAUGGACUCGCAUCAGGAGUCGCCAGUGGGUUGUGGAGCGUGUUCACGUUAGGAGGAGUCGGCAGCAGACCGGGGGCGGAGCAAGAGCAGAACCCUCUCCCACUGUCCAAUCAGAGUCUGCUAUUACUGCUGGUUCUGGCUAAUCUGACAGAUGGACCGGACUGUCCGAACCCCUACCGCCAGGCUGUUACCUGCUUCAAAAACACUCAAGAUACCUCCUCCAUCCCGUCUCCUCAGCCUCACACGUUUCAGAUCAACUUUAACAGUCUGUACACAGCACUGUGCGAGCAGCAGAAAUCAGACCAGGUGACGUUACUGCUCUACACGCUACUGCACCAGAACAGCAACAUGAGGACAUACAUACUGUCCCGCACUGAUAUGGAGAACCUGGUGUUGCCGAUUCUUGAGAUCUUGUAUCAUGUCGAGGAGAGAAACUCUCAUCAUGUGUACAUGGCCCUCAUCAUCCUUCUCAUCCUCACGGAGGACGACACCUUCAACCGCUCCAUACAUGAAGUGGUGUUGAAGAACAUCUCGUGGUAUACUGAGCGUGUUCUAACAGAGAUCUCUCUAGGCAGUCUGUUGAUCCUGGUUGUGAUUCGAACCAUCCAGUUCAACAUGACACGGACCAGGGAUAAAUACCUCCACACAAACUGCCUGGCUGCCCUAGCCAACAUGUCGGCCCAGUUUCGUAACCUACACCAGUACGCCGCCCAACGAAUUAUAAGUUUGUUUGCUCUGCUGUCAAAGAAGCACAAUAAAGUUUUGGAGCAGGCGACCCAGUCCUUGCGUGGGCCUCUGGGAGCAGACGACAGGACCGUCCUGCCUGACUAUGCUCAGGAUCUGAACGUCAUUGAGGAGGUAAUCAGAAUGAUGUUGGAGAUUAUAAACUCCUGUUUGAGUAAUUCCCUCCAUCACAACCCAAACCUGCUGUACGCGCUGCUCUACAAGCGAGAACUCUUCGAACAGUUCCGAUCGCAUCCGUCUUUCCAGGAUAUCAUGCAGAACCUCGACACGGUGAUUGGAUUCUUCAGCCAGCGACUGGAGCAAGCAGGAAGUGACCUAUCAGUAGAGAGAGUUCAAGAGGUCAUCAAGAAAGGUGCUGUGGCCCUCCCUAAUGACCGUCUGAAGAAAUUUCCGGAGCUGAAGUUUAAAUACGUGGAGGAAGAGCAGCCUGAGGAUUUCUUCAUCCCGUACGCCUGGUCUCUGGUCUUUAACUCUGGAGUCGGUCUGCACUGGAACUCUCAGGGCAUCGAGCUGUUCAGCAUGGACUCGCCCUGAUGGAGGACGCAGGACGUCUGUUCAGGUGUCUGUGUGUGUGUGUGUGUGUGUGUGAGCUCAAGUGCCUACGUACGGCUCACGACGUCGUCAUAUCGAACCCCUGAGCUUCCGUCCUCGUCACACCAUUCAAAGGGCAAACAAACACAGACACCCACCGCCGGAUGCACUGGAUUCUGGGAAUGGUACAAUUUGGGGUUUCAGUCACAGGUCUGAUGUAGCUAAAAGAGUUCAGUUGAUGGUGAUAAUCAUUUGCUUUGUUUGCUUGUUUCUGUUUAGAUUUGUGGAUUUGGUCACAUGUGGGGAAAAUGAGUGAAACCAAACAUUUCUUGACUCAAGGUGAACAUUAAUAACAUUUUGUGAAGAUACUUUGACCCCAUUAAGAAUUAUUAUUAAUGAGCCGAUCAUUAUGCACAGCUUCAUCACAUAUCACUAUAUAGAGUAAGUUACAAAUAAAGAAUAUUUGACCAUUUCUGGCUUGUUUUAUACGUAGGAUGCUUUGCUGUUUUAUAUUAAUUUAUUUAUUGACACUAUAAUUUGUUCAUCGUACCUAUAUACUGCCCUUAUAUAAUCUACAUCUGAGCAAGAGAAAAACCAAAACCAAAACCUUUAUUUAUAUAUAUAUAUAUAUAUAUAUAUAUGGGAAUUAUAUAUAUAUAAUUCCCAUCUGAGAAAGCAUAUUGCAUUUAAGCGGUUUUCUAAGCAUAAUAAGAAUAAUAAUACAUAUUUAGAUACUUACAUAAUAAAAUACGUAACUUUCCCAUGUAAAUGCAGUUUAGUGUAUGAUUUAUGUAUAUUAUAGAUUCAGAUAAUUGCAUGUACAUUAAUGUAUAGACAAAUACACACUGCAUUUGUUGCAUUGCUGUUUAUUUCCCCAGUUUUUGUUUUCAUAUAUUUUUAGGUACAGAGAUGAAAAAUCUUUCCUGUUGGAUGAUAUAAUUAAUUUCCCAGCGCCCCAUUACUGGAGAUCAUUUUAGGUCUUAUUACUUCCCUGUUACAUUACGCCACAAAUUUAAAGCUUAAAGAGCCCACAUUUAUGUUUAUGCUAUUUUUCUUAAUUUGUUUAGUUGUCUUUGCGGAUCUCAAUAGGAAGUGUUGUUGGGUGAUUUUUUUUUUUUUUUUUUGUAUUUACAUUGAAUUUUAUAUUUAAUGUUUAAUAUGUAUGAUCCCCCUGUAUCUUGCAUAGCAUCUGUUUAUUUUUUUUUGUCUUUUUUUACAUUAACAUAUUUAUGUAAAAGUAUGAGAAAGACUAUUAAAAAACAAAGAAAGAAUAUUAAAUUUUGGUUUGAAUGCAAGUUUAGACUGUUGUAAAUGAAUUGGUGAGUGUUUACACUUGUAAUGAAACUGGAUCUGGACUCACUUCUGUUUCCGAUCAACUGAUAAUUUAAAACAACAGCUUGGUUUGACUGCAUCUUUGAGGAGUUUUGUUUGCAUUAGUUAUGAUUGUUUCAGAUUCAGUCUUUCUACAAUGUGAAAAACCACCAAUAAAAAACAACAAAACUCCAGAUAUAAUUUUGGACAUUCUUGUGAUUCUUUAAAGCAAAUGUGAUUCAUACGAGAGCUGGUUUGUUUGCUUGAAAGCUUGAAAUUGUUUAUUGAAGAAUAUUUUAAAGUGUCUUUGGAGAAAAUGAAUGUGAAAGAACCUCUUCUGCUGAAAAAGAGGUUAGUCACUCUUGUGUGCUUUUCAUUACAGAAUAAAUGAAUCAUGGGAGUCAAA